CUAAGUAGCAUCCACGGUGCUCUCACUUCCCUCCCUAGUUGCCACUUAAACUGCUAGUAAUAACAAAUCCUUCAGGACAUCAAUAGAGUCGCUGUGUUGAAUAAUCGCAGGCUAUCAGGCAGGAGGCUUGCAGCAGCAGCUCCAUUGCCUGUGACAUCACUCCUGAAGCUCAAACCCCACUCUAAGCAGCCUUCAUUAGUCAGUGUGUUGGUCUGUCUGCUUUUUCCAGAUCUACAGACCGUCACACGCGGGAGCAGGCUCUUUGCAGAGGAAGGACUUUGGGAAUCAGAAGCUCUGGGAGAGACGGCGGAAUAAAGAAGGGAGGGAGAGCGGCAGCGAGACCCAGAGAACGCAACAGACACACUUACAAUAUGAAAUUCAUCCUGCCUGGUUACUUGCUGUCCCUUUUCCCCGUUCUGGUUCUCAGCACCAGACAGGGCUACGAAGAACUGGAAAGACAACUUAAAGAAGUCUUUAAGGAAAGGAGCAACAUUCUUCGCCAGCUGUCAAAGACAUCCAGAGAACUUGAAGGAAUUAAAGUAAACCUCCAGUCUUUGAAAAACGAUGAGGCAUCUGCUAAAACCGACGUACAGAAACUCUUGGAAUUAGGCCAAAAACAAAGGGAAGAAAUGAAAUCGCUCCAGGAGGCCUUUCAAAAACAGCUUAAUGAGGCAGCUGAGACAGAAAAGCAGCAGGCUACAAUUAACUUUUUGAAGACUGAAAUGGAAAGGAAGAGCAAAAUGAUCAGGGAUCUUCAAAAUGAGAACAAAAGCCUGAAAAAUAAACUCCUUUCUGGAAGCAAGCUUUGCGGCAUUCAUGCUGAAGAGUCAAAAAAGAUCCAAGCCCAACUGAAGGAGCUUCGCUAUGGGAAAAAGGAUUUGAUUUUUAAGGCACAGCAGCUUACAGACUUGGAACAAAAACUAGCAAUUGCAAAAGAAGAAUUGGAGAAAGCAGCUCUUGACAAAGAGUCACAGCUGAAGGCUCUGAAGGAGACCGUACAACUCUGCCUGUCUUCAGUUUUGCACAAUCAGCCUCCCACUACAAAUGUAAUCCCUUCAAGACCGACUGAGAGACAGACAUCCCCAGUUACAAAUGGUUCAAAAAUUCCAUUUCAAGUGACAAGCACCAAGCAAAGAGCUCCUGAAGACAAAGAGACUCUUCGGGUUUCCUCAAGAAAUGAAGAUAAUAAUCAAAGCACCUCGGAAUGCAACUCACAAGAUGUUGGCAAGACUUGCUUAGGAAACCAGAACAAUUCAACCUCUCUUCAGCUAAAGGUGGCAGAAACAGACCCAGAUAUGCAGAAGUCACACAGUCCUCCAUGGAUGAAACCAGAAAUUAAAAAAUCAACAGAGAGAAAAGAAAACAACCCUGAAGCAUUGGCUAAAAUCAAGGGAAAGACUCUGUAAACAUCACCCAGCUCUCUUUAAAACGUUCUUCAUUUGCUAUCGUCUUCAUCUUUUUAGUCCAGAGGCAUGAAAAUGUACCAGGUUUCUAAAGCAUGCAAUUUUUUCACUAUUUUAUGGAUGUUUGUAAAUUAGUCUAGAGAUUUCUGAAAUAGAUUGAUUAGUAUCUUUCAGCAAUAAUCCAAGAGAAAUGGAUGUUUGGAAAAAAAAUGCUUUGUAAUACAGUCCAGUUUUUUGAAAUAUUAUUCUGCCCUGAUCUGUAACUUGCUUAUUAUAAAUCACUCUGUUUUGUAAA